GCUUUUGGACAGAUCUGCUUACUGCCACUUAUACUAAGGCUGGAAAACUUCUCACUCAUGCGUUCACUUGACAUCCAUGAAGAUCCCACCUUUAUCCCGGAGGUUGCUGCAGAUGUCACAGAAGACGAGUCUGAGGCUAAAAGCACUUUGGAUGUUAUCAAGCAGCUGCUAGAUGCAAGGUCUGAUUCUCCUGGCAAUGGGUUUAGCUUCAAAGGGAUCAAAGACUACCUGGAGUGCUACCGGAGUGGGAAGCUGACGCCAUCCCAGGUAGCAAAGAACAUCAUUGCUGUGCUGGAGGACUGCGACAAAUCCACACCCCCACUAAGAGCGAUAGUGCAGUGGGACCCGGAGCAAAUAAUGCUGAUGGCUGAGGCCUCCACUGCUCGCUACAGGAAUAAAUGUACCCUGUCUUAUCUGGAUGGCAUCCCAGUGUGUCUGAAAGAAGAGUUCAAAGUGGUACCUUAUCGUCACCGAGCGGGAACAGUGUAUCUUGGGACAGAGCCCGAAACAGAAGAUGCUACUGUGGUCAAGAAGCUGCGAGAGGCUGGAGCUAUCAUUAUUGGGGUCUCAAACAUGCAUGAACUAGGGACAGGAACAACUGGAUGCAACCCUAAUAGGUACCACAAGAUCCCAAGGAAUCCCUACAAGCCAAACCACUUCACAGGAGGGAGCUCCAGCGGGUCAGCAGCAGCUGUAGCAGCAGGUCUCUGCCCAGUGGCUAUUGGCACAGAUGGAGGUGGCUCUGUGAGGAUUCCUUCUUCCUUCUGUGGCGUGGUGGGACUGAAAGGUACAUUUGGGCGCAUCAGUUCUCAUGGCAGCUUGCCCCUCUCCUACUCCACAGUCAGCGUAGGCCCUAUGUGUACCUCGGUGGCAGAUGCAGCCAUUGCUUACAGUAUCCUUGCUGAGCCAGAUCCACUCUAUCCAUAUGGACUCAAACAGCCCAAAGCAACCCUAUCUGGCAUGUGUGCUCCUGACCUGAAAGGCUUAAAACUGGGAGUGGACUGGACAUUUUUUAAGGCAUGUGAUGAAGAAGUCCUGUCCAUCUGUGAGAAAGCUGUGGAGCACCUGCAGAGUUUGGGAGCCAGCGUGGUUAAGGUGUCUCUCCCCGAGAUGGAGGAGGUGCGAGUAGCACACGUAAUCUGCAUUCUCAGUGAGAUGAGGGACUUCCUGCAACCCGACUUCAAUAAACACUUCCAGGAAAUGAAUUUGGACACUCGGGCUAACCUGGCCUUGGCUUCCCAGUUCACAGCUCUGGAUUAUAUUACAGCAAAUCGACAGAGAACUCGGAGCAUGAGAUUCCUGCAGGACAUCUUCACUACUGUGCACUGUAUCCUUACACCAGCUGUUCCUUCCACUGCCCCAAGAAUCUAUGAAUCUGACCUCUUGACUGGGAGCAGCGAUUCAGCCUUCACAGUGCGGUCCAUGAGGUUCAUGCAGCUUGCGAACUUCACUGGCAUUCCAGGCAUUGUGGUUCCCAUUGGAUAUUCUUCAGCUGGGCUUCCCAUCAGUUUCCAGGUCAUGGCAAAGUGGUGGGAUGAAGCUGUUCUUCUGAGGAUUGGCCUGAAGCUGGAACAGUUCCGGGACCAUACCAAAAAACCAUCUAUUUACUACGACAUCCUCGCAUGA